AUGAAGAACGCGAUCGACAAGCUUCCAAAGCCCACCCGCGCCGUCUUUCGCGAAAACAUCUACACCCUCCCGAAUAUCCUGACCUUCACCCGUCUCGUCGCCGCGCCGGUUGUGGGGAUCCUGGUGCUCAGAAGUAACCAUGUCGCUGCCACCGCUGUCUUUCUCUACGCCUGCGUCACCGACUGGCUCGACGGUCAUAUCGCGAGAAAGUAUGGCCUGCAGUCCGUCGUCGGCAGCGUCAUCGAUCCAAUGGCCGACAAAAUGCUCAUGGUCACCUUGACCGGCUGUCUCGCCUGGAUCGGCUCUCUUCCUCUCUGGAUCGCAAUCAUCAUCUUUGGCCGCGACGCCCUCCUCGGCAUCUCUGCAAUCUACUACCGCUACAUCUCCCUCCCGCCGCCAAAGACAAUGGCCCGCUACUGGGACUUUAGCAUUCCCUCGGCUGAAGUCCAUCCUACUACAAUCUCAAAGUACAACACUUUUCUGCAAAUGGGUCUUCUUGCUUCUACCCUCGUCAAGCCCUUUGCUUUCCAGCAGCUCUCUGCUCAAGCCCAGAUCUUGGCUUCGCAGGCUAUCGUUGGUCUAGAAUACACCGUCGCAGCCACUACAAUCCUCAGCGGCCUGUCCUACGUCUUCUCCAAAACCGCCGUCAAGAUCCUGACCGAGGAGGAAAUCGAAAAACGCCGCAUCGAGCAGGAGAAGAAGAACACCCCUCCCCCUCCAACGCACGACAUUAACCAGAAAUAA